UUUUAUAAUUUAUAAUUUUUAAUUUUGUUCACUCCUACAAUCAYUCUUGUCAUUUUAUCUUCAUUUAUAUAUAUUAAUUUACUCACGAAUGUCUCAGUAAAWCAUGUUUAAUAAUUCAACAGCUGUAAGUUCAGUAAUGGGGCUAAUGUCUCAUUUAACUGCUUCUGAUCUCAAAGAAAUACUAAAUGAUGAUAGUAAAUUUGAGAUGUAUGCUAAAGAACUAAAACCGAACAAAGAAAUMGAUACUGAAAAAGAAAUGUUAAUAGCAAGUAAUCAAUCUUUGGCUGAAUUUAAUCUUACUAAAGAACCAGAAUUAGUUAGUGGUAAAGAAAGAUUAUGUGAAAUGUAUGAGGAAGCAGAAAAGCUUUAUAAGAGUGUUACAGAAAAAGUAAAUACUCUAAAACAACACAAAAGUAGUAUGAAUCCAGAAACUAUAUUAGCUUUGUUGCAAACUGCUUCUUGUGAAACUGAAGAAGAAUCAGAUAAAUUGGCAGAAAAAUUUUUAAGUGGCGACACUGACUUAGAAGGCUUUUUGGAAGAAUUCCUAAAGCGACGUAAGGAUAUGCAUUUGCGUAAAGCUAAAGCAGAUAAAAUGUCUGAAUUGCUAAGUAGACGUAAUAAUUCCUUCAGACCAUCAAUCAAUAACAUUCAACAAACAACAGCAGGAUAUCCACAACCUGGAUACCCCAAUUCAUUUUAUUUUCAACCUACUUCAAUGCCAUAUCCAAAUGUACCCAUUAAUAUGCCCAUGCCAGGAAAUCAAUUUAUAAACAGACAAUAUUAAUUCAMAAUUUAUUAAUUAAUAAUUAUAUACAAAACAACGAUGUUACAUUUAUU